AUGGAUCUCUUCCGCAAGGCGGGGGCUCGCAUCGAGAGUCUCCUGAGUGGGGAUGAUGAGCGCCAUUCCCACACUCACCUCGGUCAUGAAUGCACCCAUAUUCAUCCUGACCAUCAUAGAGACAACCGGUACACCUCCUUCGCACCCCAGACUGUCGGAAACGCCAAGUGGUAUGUCGAUGGCUGCUCCUAUUUCUGGGCCGCAUCCGAGGCUAUUGAAGCUGCUCAAAAGAGCAUUUACAUCCUCGAUUGGUGGCUCAGUCCCGAGCUGUAUCUGCGUCGACCUCCCUCUGCCAACGAGAGAUAUCGUCUCGAUAAGCUGCUCCAUGCUGCUGCCGAUCGCGGAGUGAAAGUUCACAUCAUCGUCUACAAGGAGGUUCAAGCAGCAUUGGCCUUAAACUCUGCAGUUUUUAGGCACCCUGACCACACGCCUACUGGAUACAGUUUGAACAAAACUUUCUCCGGCCUCAACCUCGGUGGUUCAGGCAUUGCAAAGACCUCUGUCGACGCCUUAAAGGCCCUCUACGGUACUAGCGAUGGUAUGGUGCUGUUUUGGGCUCAUCAUGAGAAGCUUUGCCUUGUCGAUGAGAAGAUUGUUUUUAUGGGCGGGCUUGAUAUGUGUCACCCAAUUGCUGAUGCUCACCCUGGAAACCUCGAGGCCGUUGUCUUUCCUGGGCAAGACUACAAUAAUGCCCGAAUCUAUGACUUCCACGACGUGGAUAAGUGGGAGCAGAACAAGCUCGACCGAGGUCAGAGUAGCAGGAUGGGAUGGACCGAUGUUACUAUCAGCCUGAACGGCCCAAUUGUCGGGAGUCUAAUCCAUCACUUUAAGGACCGGUGGAACUAUCUUUACGACCAGAAGUAUGGACACAAGAAUGCUGGCAAGUAUGCGAAGCUUGAGGCCACCGUGCCAGGCAACCCUAGUCCCCAAGGACUAGAUCGGGGCCUGGGCGGCGAUUGGAGUCAGUCUGGCCAGCGACUCCUGGGUGACAUGCACAGUCGAUUCAACCGAGGAUUGAGCCAUCUCACCGGCCACGAUGACCGCACCCACCAAAGGCCACCAUCCAGGCAUAGCGGCGCCGGAAGCAGCAUCCAGCUAGUGCGCAGCGCUACUCAAUGGUCCUCUGGGCUUCCCACCGAGCAUUCCAUUGCCAACGCCUACAUAGACGCCAUCACCAAUGCGAAGCACUUUAUCUAUAUUGAGAACCAGUUUUUCAUCACUGCUACAAGCGAUGCUCAGAAACCAGUUUGCAACAAGCUGGGAACUGCAAUCGUGAACCGUAUUCUCAAAGCCUAUCACGCCAACGAAGAGUUCCUGAUCAUUGUCAUCAUGCCCGCUGUCCCUGGAUUCCCCGGUGACCUGAAGGCUGACAGUGCACUCGGCACGCGAGCGAUUAUGGAAUUCCAGUACUUCUCCAUUUCUCGUGGUGGGCAUAGUAUUCUCGAGACGCUGCGAAAUAACGGUAUCCAGGAUGUCAGUCGAUAUAUUGCAUUCUACAACCUUCGAAACUACGACCGCAUCAACGGCCCGUCCAGAGGCCCGGAUUCUACCUGGGACACCGUGGCAUCCUGUUACAUGGCGGGUGGUGCUGAUAUCCGAUCUGUCCCCUGGUAUGGUCCCCCAGAGGCCGAGAUCGACUCCUUCGUGAGCGAGCAGCUCUACAUCCACAGCAAGCUCCUCAUCGCCGACGACAAACUCGUCAUCUGCGGCUCGGCCAACAUCAACGACCGAUCCCAGCUCGGCUUCCACGACUCCGAAAUCGCCGUCGUCAUCGAGGACCCUACCCCUGUCGACUCGUACAUGAACGGCCGCCCUUACCAGGCCAGCGUUUUCGCCGCCUCCCUCCGACGCUUCAUCUUCCGCAAGCACCUCGGCCUCAUUCCCGACGAAAAGUGGGACAAGCCCAACGUUAACUGGUCCGGCGUCGACAAGGGCCCCAACUGGUAUGACUGGAACUCGCACGCUGACCAGCUCGUCCGCGAUCCGCUGCACCCCGAUUUCCGGAAUUUGUGGAAUACCACGGCCCGCGUGAAUACCGAGGUCUUUAGCAAGGUCUUCCACAAUGUGCCGAAUAAUCACGUUCGCACGUGGAAGGCUUACGACGAGUUCUUCUCGAAGCACUUCGUCAUACCCGGUGCCGCCGAGAAGCCCGAAAAGGGCGGCAAUAACAACCAGCAGCAGCAGCAGCAACAACAACAGCAGGCGCAGCAGGCUCAGAAUGCAGCUGGCAAAAUUGGCUACGGCCACGUUGUCAAGUCGGAGUUCCCUGGUGGUGUGGGCGAGGUGAAGGAGUGGUUGAGCCGCGUGCGAGGAACCCUUGUGGAGAUGCCUUUGGACUUUUUGGUGGAUGAGCCGGAUAUCGCGAAGGAGGGUCUGGAGUUGAAUACCUUGACGGCGGAGUUGUAUACUUGA